AUGUCCAAUCCGCUGCUGAAGAAUGUCUCUGUGCAAUACUACAAUUCAACGACAAACGCAUGGUACCACUCUUGUAGUGGAACCCUCAUCGCCCCACAGUGGGUUCUCACAAGUGGCAGCUGUGCCAAGCAGACGUAUUAUCUACGAGUAGUGCUCGGCAAGCACAAUAUAUACCAGCAGGAGGCUGGGGCAAGUGUUGCAGAAGUCUACUUAACUGCUUACCAUUCCGGAUUUAACUACACCAGCUCUGAAAAAGACGUUGGAUUGAUUAAGCUGACAGCACCGGUGCCGCAGGACACUGGAAUACGGAUUGCCUGCCUUCCCAGUGACAACGAGCAACUGUCAUCGACAACCACAUGCUACACCAUCGGCUGGGGCUCCAGAAUAAUCAAUGGUUUAUUUAGCAGCACGCUCCAGCAAGCCACCCUACCAGUGAUUGACGACAACAAAUGCAAAACAGAUGCAUUUUGGGGUUCUAAAUUACCUGCAAACACAACAUGUGCUGGUGAUGGAUCAAGCGGUGCAUGCGAUGGUGAUUGGGGUGGACCGCUACUAUGUCGGAAGAGUGACAAUUCAUGGGCUGUGCAUGGCGUUGUUACAUUUAUAUCAGCAGUGAAUUGUAAAAAAUUAUCUAAGCCUCCAGUCUUCUCUCGUAUAUCUGCUUACAUUCCCUGGAUUCAAAACGUGAUGGCGCGUUAUUAAACUUGGAAGGACAUUCUUGUGGCCAAUCAACGGUACUAUCAAGAUGGUCAUCGCCGUCUUAACACAUACUGCAUCUUUUGAUUUAAAGCUUUCGUGACUGCAG